UGUGAAGGGAAAAUUUAGAACUAGAAUGAUUUCUUUAUCUUCGAUUUACUCACUGGCUGAUACAGAGAACCCAGUCGUCUUUUUUGAUAUCUCAAUCGCUCAUAAGGAAGUAGGACGGAUCAAGAUGGAGCUGUUCAAGCACAUAGUACCUGAGACAGCUGAAAAUUUUAGACAGUUCUGCACAGGAGAAUACAAAAUGGGUGGAAGAGCUGUUGGCUAUAAAGGAGCCUCCUUCCAUAGAGUUAUCAAGAAUUUUAUGUGACAAGGAGGAGAUUUCAUCAGCGGUGAUGGUCUUGGUAGUUUUAGUAUUUAUGGAGAUAAAUUUAAGGAUGAAAACUUCGACCUAAAGCAUGAUAGACCUUUCCUUCUCUCAAUGGCUAAUAGUGGGCCAGAUUCCAAUGGAUGUCAAUUCUUUAUCACCACUGAUAAAACAGACUGGCUAGAUGGAAAGCAUGUAGUCUUUGGGAGAGUCCUUGAUGAUGACAGUAAGCUCACUGUUAGGAAAAUCGAGAAUGUUCCAGUCAGAGCAGGCAGUGAGCCUACACUUCCUGUGCUAAUUUCUGAAUGUGGAGAGAUGUAAAUUUCAAUUUAAGGCUAAUUUUUAG